AUGGCGUCUUGGCCAAGGACUCGCCGCAGGGGAGUGGAGCCCACUGACAAGCGUGAACGGUGUUGCAAGUAUCCCACAAGGGAUCCUGAGACAUUCUUCAAGAUUGUUUUCAAUGAAAAGAUACUUAGGUUGCCAGAAAUUUUUUUACAGAAAUUUGGGGACCAGCUUGCUUCCAUUGCUACAGUCAACGGUCCCAAUGGUCGGGUUUGGCAAUUGAGUUUGGAGAAAGAUGAAAACGGCACUUGGUUUAGUGAUGGCUGGGACAAGUUUUUGGAUUACCACUCUAUCAGCAGUAAUGGCCAUAUUAUAAUCUUCAAAUAUGAAGGAAAUUCAACUUUCAAUGUUCUUUUCAUGUUUGAUAUGACUGCUGGCAAGAUCGAUUAUCCCAUUGACAAUCUAAGUAGUGAUGCGGAACCUGAUUCAGUACCAAAUGAAGAAGAGGAGAAAGAUUUUGGGUAUAAUGAUGUAUCGCUUUCAACUACUUAUAGCCCUUCCCAGAACUCUUCAGAAAGUUGGACUUCUGAUGAGUAUUUUAGUCAAGGAGUACUCAAAAAGCGUAAUAAAUAUACCACUUGGACUGAUAGAGAGAAAAGGCACAUAAGAAAGGGUGCAUGUACAGGGGCGGAGCCAGAAAUUUUGAUAAUUCUUCUCAUGACUAGUUUGCUAACUGCAGAAGUAGAUGACUUUUCGUCAACUUCAGGAUUUUCCAAAUUUUCUAAAACAAUCCAAGCUGCAAAGAAAAGGGCAAGAAAAGCAGCAGAUAUGUUUCAGUCUGAACAUCCUUUUUUCAAAGCUAUCUUGCGGCGUCAUAACAUAUAUAAUAGUUUUGUGUAUGUGCCUGCUGGAUUUGCUAUGAAGUAUCUACCUUCGGAGUCCAUUGCACUUCAGGAUUCUGAUGGAAAACGGUUCCCUGCACGAUGCUUCGAUAGAGAGGGUUCAGGUGCAGGUAGGAGUAUAGGCAAGGGAUGGGCUACAUUUGCUCGGGAGCAUGAUUUGAGAGAAGGAGAUGUCCUUGUCUUCGAGCUGAUCAACAGGGAAACUAUUGUCUUAGAAGUUCACAUAUUUCGUGCUAUUGAUUACUCAGGGAUGUAA